AUGUGCUGCGAUGACGACAGUGUCACGCGCCGCCCCUUGGGCGUGUGCGGUUGGUGUCUGCGUGUCUGCAGCUACGUUCCGCCCCUCGUAGCGGCGCUGCUGAUACUGGCGAACGUGCUUCCGUACUAUCUGGCCUUCCUCCCCAGACUGCGCAAGCUGUGCAUGCAGGGUGAGGCGUCGUGGCUGUUCUACACCUACUGUCACGCCGUAAUGGCAGUUGCGGUGGUACUUGUGUACCUUAACUUCUUCCUGUGCAUCUGCACGCCGCCGGGGUACGUGGAGCGGGAGCCGUGGUCCCGCGUGCCCGUCUACAAGGGCCGGGCACACAGUGACAAUAUGUAUGAGGUGCGGCUGCUAGGAUAUGACGGAAAGCUGCGCUUCUGCACGCGAUGUGAGAUCUAUAAGCCCGACAACGCACACCACUGCCGUCAGUGCCGCCGCUGCAUCUACCACAUGGAUCAUCACUGCCCGUGGAUCAACAACUGCGUGGGACGUGAUAAUGCGAGGUUCUUUUUGCUUUUUUUGGCGUACAUCCCACUGGGGGCCUUCCACAUUGCAUUCACAACAGCAUACAGUUGCUACUAUCAAUUUUCGAUGCACAGUGGGUCUGAAAUGGUAGCAAGCACUUUCCACAUUGUCUCCCUCGUGACUUCGCUUACGUUUGGAAUUACGUUUUCUGUCUUCGCCGGCCACUUUCUGUGGAUGGCGUUCCGAGGAGAGACGACGGUCGCGAAUAUGGCUCCAAGGCAGAGGAUCGACAAGCAGCAGGCGAUGGAGGAGCGAGAGAAAUACCUCAACGACAUAUUCGGCUCGGACCUCCGCUGGUGGCGAAUGAUCUGCCCAGUGCGCACCCGCACCGCACACCGGACUGGUAACGGCGGGGGCACAAUGGCGGAGGUGCUGUAG